AUAAAAAAGAGAAAAGACAAACGAAAAAAAAUAGCAAAAAAUAAAAUACCAGCAUAAAUUUAUAAAUAAAAAAAUUAAUUAAAUAAAAAACAAAAAAUAACCGAAAAAAUGAAAGUUUUUUCUUUAGUGCUGUUAAGCACUUGCUGUUUGCUGGCUGCCGUAACAGCCCAAGGAUUUAAUAAUCAAAAUCGUGGAAUUAAUGAUGUGCCUCCAUCUUUUCACAAUCAAUUCCGUCGACAACUUAACACCCAACAACAAAUCUAUGGUGAUAUCCAUCAGCAGCAACAACAACAACAGCAGCAACAUCAUCAACAACAACGUCCCCAACAAGGUCUUUUCCUACAGCAAUCACCCAGCGUAGAAGUACCUCAUGCGCAGACCCAGCAACAGAGGCAACAACAACAUCGUUUUGCUAACUCGCCACAAACACUGCAACAUCAACAGCAACAGCAACAACACUUCCAAAAUAUUAAUAAUAAUCAACAACAAUUCCAAAGAAGUCCAUCGAAUCAAAUACCACAUUAUCAGCCACAGCAACCACAACAUUUUCAACAUCCUCAGCAGCAACAACAUGGUCCACCUCAACAACAACUUAGUCCUCAACAGCAGCAGCAACAGGUUCCAACAGCUGCUGGUCCUUUAGAUUUGCAUCAACAAAAUUUCCUAGCUUUACGUAAUUAUGCCGGUCAACAAGUAGGUCCUCAGCAAUCCUUACCACAGAGAUCGUACAAUAACAAGCCAUUCCAAAAUGGACCUCCCCCAUACUCGACUUUGCCUAAUGAAGCUUAUCAACAACAAGGACAACCACAAACUUUCCCUACUGGACCACAAAUUUUGCCACAAACUCAACAGAAAUUGCCCAUACAAGCUCCAGUACCCACCUUCCAAACACAUGCUGCCCCACAAAAACCUUUCUCCACUCAACCACAAUUCUUUGGACAACCGCAACAACAUCAGCAACAGCAAACCCAUUUACAGCAGCAGCCACAGACAACCCAACAAACCUUCUUGCCUCAAACUCAACAGAAAUUGCCACAACAACAGCAGCAGCAACCUUAUUUAUUGACACCCAAUUUAGGCUUGCCUAUACCCCAACUGCCCUUCGCUAAUGUACCUUCAACAGCAUUUCCUGUCGCACAGCAACAACCCCAGCAGCAACAACAGCACUUUGGAGGUUCUCAAUUCCCAAACUUGGGUCAACCUCAGUCCCCCGAUCAGGAGUACAAACAGAAACUUAUACAGAAACACGAACAGUUUGUACAAAAACAAUACGAAAAAUCCCAAAAUAAAGUGAAACAACAACAUGCUGAAUUCUUGGCAAAACAACAGACGAUCAAGCAACAGGUUCUGCCCACUAUUGUUCAAAAUCCCCAGCAACAGCAAAUCUACCAACAGAAUACCCAACAACAACAACAGCAGCAACAGUUCAAUUAUAUACCCAAUCGUAGUCGUCCUGUAGGACCUUCAGAGUUACCUUCUUUUGCCUCGGCAGUGCAGAAUUAUUACAAGGAACAUCCCACCACUACAACAACAACGACAACUACUACUACCACUACUCCAUCUACCACAACCCAUAAAAUCCACUCUAAACCGGUUUAUAAUCAAAUCAAAGCCGAUCCCGGUAAAUUUGGUCAAAAAACGGUGGCCAAGAAACCCGUCAAGACUUUUGGACGAGAUGAACUUUUAAAACAACUUAAGGCCGCUUUAGCCGAGCAACCCCAAAAGGAAUUGGGAAAUAAAACUUAUGAAGAAAUGGAUUUGGUUUUGCCUAAUGGAGAACGUGUUCAGGUGAUCAGAACCACCGAUCCUAAUUUGGUUAAGGGACAACAGGCUUACACCCAGGAUCAAUUGCAAAGUUUGUUUGGAGAACAGGGUUUACAGGCAGUUACCGGUGGUCAAGGUAAACUAUCUAUUGCUGAUGUGGCUCCAGAAAGUAAAAAGGAUUUGGUUUUGCCCGGAGGAGGCAAAGUGCAAAUAUUACGUUCUCCCAAUCCAGAAGAGGUAGUAGAUCCUCAAAAUUUGCCUGGCGGUGUGGACUUAUCUAACUUGGCUUCAUUAUACGGAGGCAGUGUAGAGGGCGUAUCCAAUGGUGCCAAUAGUAUAGCCAGUACAGCGGUCAUACAGUCCGAUUCCGAUGAGCCUCCUUCAUUAGAAGAAUUGGCCAAACGAGGCUUAAUACCCGAUGGUUAUGAGAUUGAAGGUUUGAGCUCCAAACCUAAGGCCCAACCUAAACCUGCCCCCACAUUACCACCCAAAAAGAAGGCCACUUAUGUUUAUCUGGAAGAGCAGGCGGAUGGUAGUUUCAAAAUCCAAGGAGUUAAGGCCAAUGGCGAAAAGGAAACCAAACAAACUGGUGCCGAAGUAGAAAGUAUUUUGGAACGUAUACGUAAUGGUGACAUCAAGCUUCCUCCCUCUGUUACACGUCUUACACUGCCCAAUGAUGAAAUUGUAGAAAUACAAUCGGGCAAUAUCGUUAAGACUACCCAGAGACCCACUACCACCAGCACGACCACAACAACUACCACCACGACAACAACCACACCAGCGCCACCACCUCCACCAACCAGAUCCUCAACCCACAGAUAUUAUACCUCUAGGCACACUACACCCUAUCAUCAUACUACGACACCAGCACCAAUAGUACAUCGUUCUUCCACCCGUCAUUAUGAUCACUCCGCUUACCGCUCCACUCCUUCGCCACGUUACACCACAGUACCCACUUCCUCACCGGUCUAUAUACCCUCAACAUAUCAAGCUGUAACUGAACGUCUUACCGAAACCACUGUUGAACAAUCGGCGCCUCCAGCUCAAUAUGGCGAUGCGGUGGUAGAAGAAACCGAACAUCAAGAUAAAGCCUCUGAGGUCAAUGUACAAUCGUCAAUUUCAACUUCCAAUUCAGAAUCUUCCAUCGCCUCAGACUCUUCCUCAUCCGCGAAUCCUAGUGAUGAUUUGAUUCAGAUACUUAAAUCUAAUGGCCUCUUCGCCAUGUCCAAAUAUCUCAGACAAUCUGGUUUGGAUAGUAUUUUGAAUGAAACUGGACCCUAUACCAUCUUUGUGCCAACUGAUAAAGCUUUUAAGAAUUUGCUGGUGCAACUAGGUGGUCCUGAGAGAGCCGAGGAGAAAUUUAAGGCCAAUCCUAGAUUGUUAAGUGGGCUUCUCUUGCAUCAUGUUAUACCCGGAGCUUUUGAAAUCGCUACUUUGCAAGAUGAGAUGACUGGUGUCUCCUUGGCUGGUACCCAAUUGAGAGUGAAUCAAUAUAAUAUGCAUGAUCAGGAAUGGAAUGAUGUGACGCUCACCACCAUUAACGGCGCCAUGGUUGUUUUGAACAAGAAGGACAUUAAAAUUCCUCAAGGUAUAGCCCAUGCUAUCGAUCGUGUCAUGUUCCCAUUGCCCGUUGGUGAUCUUCUACAAACCCUGCAAUCGGAUAGAGAAAAUCGUUUCUCGACCUUCUUAAAGAUCUUGUACACCUCAGGACUUUCGGAGAAAUUACAAAGUAAAGGCAUCAAAACCUUUACUGUUUUCGCACCGGUUGAUAAAAGUUUCACAGAGCUUGAAUCUGAUACUUUGGAAAAACUCACCAGCGAUAAGGAAGCAGCUGAAGAAUUUGCCAUGAAACACAUUGUGUCGGGAACACUCUUCUCGGCCGGCAUGAGAUUCUAUCAGGUUAAGGACUCUUUGCUUACAGGCAAAACUGUUAUACUGCAAAAGACUUCAGCGGGUAAAAUCAAAGUUAAUGAUACACAAAUGGUAGCCUCUAAUAUACCGGCCACAAAUGGUGUUAUACACGCCUUGGAUGGUGUGCUGGCGUGAGCUUAAAAGCUUUUCGACAGCCAAAACAACCUUUAGAUAAGUUGUGUUAAAUUUAAGCCGUGUUAUAUUUGUGUUUUUUUAAUAGAAAAAAUUUGGUUAUUAACGAAUUGUUAAAUGAAAAAUCUUGCCAGUUUUCUUUGUAAAUUUAAAACAAGGUGCUCUUGAAAGCUCUGUUAAGCUUUGAAGCAACUUUCAUUUAUAAA